AUGAAGAACGAAGAGGCGAUGAAAACGGAAGACUUGGUCAGCUGGUGCAAGAGCUAUUUGGCGAACUUUAGAAGCGCCCAACUCCGACCGAACCCCAACCUAGGCCAAACUCACCCAACGGAAUGGCAACCACCGGAAUUUGGAGGGAUUAAAAUUAAUUUUGAUGUUGCUGUUCGGCAGGGAACAUCUGCUUUCUCGGUAGCUUGUGUUGCAAGAAAUCAUGAAGGGAGAUGCCUCGCUUGGAAAGUGAAGAGGUGCAACGGCAAACUACAACCAGUUGAAGGCGAAGCUUUGGCGGCUCUCCAGGCUGUCUUGCUAGCCAAAGCAAACAGAUGGGCUGACAUUAGCUUGGAAGGAGAUUGCCUCCCUGUGAUCAAAGCUCUUUGUGCAGGAAGUGGAGAGACUCUCCAUUACGGAGCCAUUAUUGAAGAAUGCCUUUUUCUUUCUCAAAACUUUUCUAGUUGUAAGUUCUCUUUUGUUAAAUGGGAGGGCAAUCAUUUAGCCCAUAAGCUUGCUCAUUUACCUUGCUCUGAUACUUUGGAAGGUUUUGAGCUUCCUGUUAAUUUGGUGCGAAUAAUUACAUUAAAAUUGAAACUGUAG